ACAAUACAAACAAAAACCAAAUUCAAACCAUCAGUUGAGCAUAUUUUUAAUAAAAUCCAAUACAGCGGAGGUAAACGUUGUUGCGAAGAUUCAGAGAUUCAGUCAACACAAACAACUCUCGUGGUUCGGACUACUUUUUUUUCGAAAAAAAAAAUCUUUAUAAUAUUCGUGUUUGAUGGAUUAAUGUUCGAUUUAUGGAACAGUUUAUACGUGAGAGUUCGUACAUACCAUACAGCAAAUGGAAUAAACAGAAAAAAAUUUGUAUAUAUUCAAAUUUGACUUAAAAGUUUGUGUAAAAUGAAAUCAAAUUAGUCAAAGCAAUAAAACUAUGAACUGUUUUAGCAAUUAUUUUGAAAGAAAAGAAAAAAAGAUGUUGUUUUGGUAAACAAUUUUAAAGUUUUUAAAUUGUUAUGGAUACGGGUGAUACGAAUGAAAACAAUUCAGAUUUGUUGUGUUUUGAUUAUUUGAAUUAAAAAGUGAAUCAUAAAUCAUAAAGUCAUUAGACAAAUUAUACAAUUAAAUAUUAUACAAAUAAAAAAAAUGGAAGUGAUUCUUUUUCUGCUAGACAUUUGCACAAUCAUCACCAGAUUUACUUUUAAAUAAAAGUUAUAUUUAAAUCCUAUUCGGUUUGGUGGACAACGAGAAAGCAAACGCAAUUGGCAGAUUUCAACGAACAAUUCGAACUGUGGAUUAUAGAAACUCAACUCAUUAGGCAGAAGUAAAAAAAAUAAUAUCAAACGCGAUUGUGUACACGCGGUGUGCAAUAUGACUGAGUAGAUUACAUUUUUGUACAGUUAAAUUCUAUUGAUUGGUGUAUACAGAGUGCGAUUUAAUAAGUUGGAUAUGACUGCCGACAGAGAAAACUUCUUGUUACCGUCAAAUAUGGAUACAAACAAUUACACCCGACCAUUGAGUGCGUACGAUAAUUUACAUUCAACAUCAGCACAUUCGCCCGCUGUCACAAUACCGACGCAACAAAAGCCAUCAUCACCGAUCCAUUCGAAUGGAAAUGAAAAAGAAUUUCCGUUCAACAAUAUCUCAUUCAGGUUCGAUGAUUUACCACUACUACAGAAUCAACCAAGCCACUUCAAUCAAAUCAGAUCUAACUCAACGAUAUCAAAUAGCAACUGUUGUAAUGGAAAUCUCAACAAAUCAACCAGUCAAGGUUAUACGACAAUUGCAAAUCAUAAUGGCAUAAAUAAUAUUACUGACAACAAAACAGCACCUAUACCACCUGUGGUAAAUGUCGAUAGUGAUUCGAAAAUGCUGCUCGGUGCAACGAAGCAACAGUAUGAAAAUGUGAGUGAAACGGUCCGGUUAAGAAAUUUAAACAGCAAUAAACCGGUCAUAAGUGAAGCAAAAUCAUCAUUUUUCGGACUAAACGCAUCAUCGCCGAUUAAAGAUACCAAGGAAAAUAUGGCACUGAGACACAAUAAUCAAACAUCGGAUGGUUGUGGUGGAUAUGGAGACUGUUCGCCGCUGUUAAAUAAUUCGUCUGGAAAUGGUACGCGUAAUCUUUAUCAAAAUAUUCCGUCGAAUAGUGCGUGUUUCGACAGUGGCAAUCAGAGUUUCAAUAAUGUCGAUAAUGCGGUGGAAAAUAAUCAAAACAUCAGCAAUGAUACUGCACGAGGUGAAGAUUCAUCGGAUUGCUGUGCAGAUUUAUCUCAGAACAACAAUUCGAGCAAAUACUUUGCUGACGCUUCACAUCGAAUGAGUCAAUCACCGUCUCAGGCUGUGUAUAUGUCUACAACCGUACCACAAAACAUAAAAGGUAGCAACAUUAUGGGGCGCCAUACACCAACCCGGAACAGUCUACGGCACAGCAGAAUGAUUGUAGUUAAUAAAAGUUAUCAAACUCCACGUCGUCUGAAUCCAUUAGAAAUAAGAUUCCCACUAUUGGCCAAACUACUCCUAAUAUUUCAGCUAAUAUGCGGAAUAUCCAUAGGAUUUUUGGGAAUUUGGAUUCUAGUGUGGGCUCCAAAUACUCGAUUACGAGAUAAUCCAUAUUGGAGUGGAUCAGCGCUGGUUCUAUCAGGUAUAUUAGGUCUGAUACUCAUCAAUUUUCGAAGAGUUCCCAGACAGAAAUUACGUGAACAUUGUUUCACGUUUAUUCGCGUGAAUUCGACAAUGAUAACAUUGGUAGCUACACUGUUGUCCUUGGCUGCAUUCGCAUUUGCCGCACUCCAUUUGGAUAACAUAACGUCGGCGCAUACGACAUGCAUGCCGGACAAUAUAUUUACGUCACCGAAUGCCGCUUGCAUAUGUCUAUUUGGUGCGAAAAAUUCCACUAACCAUUUGCAGAUACAAACGGCUGAAGAAGGUGAAAUAACCGUCGGAGGAUUUGAAUUCCACUACAGUUUUCGUUACAGAGACUUAAGUUGUAAGGAGGUGACUGGCGUUUGGAAGUACAUUUUAAUUGGUUCAACGAUACUAAAUGUUUUGGGCUUUUUCUUUUCGUUUUUAUAUUUGCUAUUGCUAUGCUUCCGACAGAAUGGCAAACGAAAGCCGUACGCAGCAGUUCGAUCGCAGCGUUAAAUCCCAUUAAUGUUUAAGU